UCCACCGACUCCUGAUCUACCGCGAGUAGAUGUUGCUAAUGAGCUUGUUGACUGCUAUCUCCGAACCACGGAGACGAUGCACCGAAUCCUUCAUGUUCCCAGUUUUAGACGGGACUAUGAAGCGCUCUGGAUAGCGGAGGCUAAGCCGGAUCCAGGUUUCUUGGUCCAACUUAAGCUUGUAUUUGCUAUUGGUGCAGCAACCUACGAUGAAAACUUCUCACUACGUUCAUCGGCAGUUCGGUGGGUAUACGAAGCUCUUACUUGGAUCUCUGAACCUGAGUUCAAAUCUCGUCUCGGGAUUCAAUUUGUGCAAACCAACAUUCUACUCUUGAUCGCUCGGGAGACAAUAGGUAUUGGCAGGGAUUCAAUCUGGGUCUCGGCUGGCGAGCUUCUCAGAAGAGCAAUGAGUAUGGGUCUACACAGAGACCCAUCUCGGCUGCCGACUAAGAGUACCUUCAUUUCCGAAAUGCGCAGAAGGCUGUGGAAUACCAUUCUGGAGCUAGCCCUGCAGUCAAGCAUGACUGCCGGGGGUGCUCCGCUUAUUUCGCUCAACGACUUUGAUACGCAGCCACCGGGAAAUUUCGAUGAUGAGCAACUCAUUACUGAGGGUUCCGCCCCGAUGUUGGAGAAUGAUUUUACAGAAACAUCCAUCGCAAUUGCCCUUCGUAAAACAUUUCCUUCGCGGCUUGCGGUGGCGAAGUUUCUAAAUGAUAUCAGCUCUCAGGGUUCAUACGAAGAGGUUCUACGACUUGACGCAGACUUGCGAGCGUCAUAUAGGGCCCUGACUCGAACUCUCCAAGGUUACAAAUCAGACAAUGGGAAAUCACCGACACAGUUCGCCAGCCGCAUGGUCAACUUUAUUAUGCACCAGUAUGUAUCCGCUCUUCAUAUACCUUACUUUGGGCCGUCUUUACGGCAGACAACAUAUGCAUUCUCUCGAAAGGUGGUCGUUGAGACGUCGCUCAAAAUCUGGUAUGCGGUAUAUCCAGCAUCGUCGGUCAUGAACUGCCACAGUGGUAGCGAUACAUUCUCAUCAAACCGCGACGACUUUGCAAGACUCGCAGUCUGUGGCUCCGGAUUCUGCCGCACUGUUGCCUUACAAGCUACCUUACUUAUCUCUGGGGAGCUCAGAGCCCAGCUCCAAGAAGACGAAGGUCUCGGUCCUGUCACCUUGCGACCAGAUCUUUUGGCUGCGAUAGAGGAUGUGAAGCCUUGGUGUAUGCGAUGUAUAGAAGCCGGUGAGACAAACAUUAAAGCAUACCUGCUAGCUUGUGUAAUCGCUACGCAGGUCCAAGCUCUCAUGCGAGGGCUUAGUAUGGAAGAGGUUUCGCGACUCCUUAUCCAAGCCGCAACUGAGGCCGGGGAUACCUGUUUAUCAAUACUUGAGCGAACUGCGGCGCAGGGUCAAGCGAAUGGAGCCUUAAAUUCCCACCCGCCAAUAUCUUUGGACACCCCAUCCGAGGGCCUGGGGGAUUGGGAUCUUACAAUGGCAGAUGCUUUGUUUAACCCGGGUAAUAUGGAAUCUUUAAGCUGGGCGUUCAAUGAUGAGGCGAUGCAGGAGGUUGUUACCUGGUGGUGAAUCCGCACAUCUCUUCAGCACUGUAAAGCCGCUUGUAAGGGUGAGUAUGUAUGGCGUUAUGCUUUUAUUCGGGCUUUCCUCUUACCAAAAAUGAGGGUAGACCAGGCUGGCAGGAGGUCUUCAAGGGAUAUGCAUGUACAUAAUCGGGCUAUUGCUGGAUCGGCUUUCCUGGCGAAAAGGGCACCAACAGUGCAG